UCGCAGUUUCCCCUCCGUGAAACCCUAGCUACCACCCUGUCUCCUCUUCUCUCACCCACCCCGCUGCCACAGAAGGAAGCCGCCGGCCUCAACACCUUGCGCUAUAGGAAUCCUCGUGGCUGGAGUGUCGCGGCGACUACACACACAUCAAUGGAGAUCGAAUGUCAGGGCGGUGGCCCCGGACAUGUCGACGAUGGCCAUGUUGCAAUGGUUGCGAGGGCAAUGAGCUAGCCAGUAGUGGCGUCAACGAUGACGACAAUGAUUUGUGGUGGAGGCUUUCUGUUCCCGCAUUUGCGGCGAUGGUGAAUUUUCCUAGUUCCGUUCUCCGAUGAUGGUGAUGAUGACACAUCUUCAUGGUCCUUGUGUGGAGGGGCUCAAGUGGCAUCAAAACUCUAGGUACAACCUUCAUGGAUUGAACCUGGCGCCCGUCCCCCGCGUCGCCCUCCCUGGCGGCGACGGGGGAACACUAGAUCGACCGGCAGCGCACCCUCCCCACCUCCCUCCCCACCUCGCCGCCGUCGGAGGAACGGCCGGCGAAGCCCGUGCCGGCUUCAGGGAUGGUGGCGGCGGGGCGAUUUGGCUGAAUCCAGCCCCUCCCUCGUCGCGCCCUCGACCCUCCCGAACGCCGCGCACGUGCUGCGGCCAUGACUCCUCGGCGCGGUCCAGAUCUCGGCGGCGGCUGCGCUCCUCACCUGUGCUGCCGUUGCGCCCCCACCCCACGUGCUGUGGUUCUGGCACCGUGGCGCGGCUUGGAUCCCGACAAAGGCUCCCCGACGAUGGUUCUGCUCCUCUCCGUGGUGGUGCUGCUCCGGCUGGGUGGCGACGCUGCCUCCCUGGUGGCGUCCCCUGCGAUGUGGGCGCGAGGCUGCGACAACGGAACCUGCGCUCUCCAGGGCCCCGGCUUGUCGGCGUCCUCUAUUGGCGCGGCUCCGGAUCUGGUGCUUCGAAGGCUGUGUUCCUCUCCGGCUUCUUCGGUUCACUGGUUCUAGCCGGUGCUGCUCCAGCCUCGGCAGCCCAAGACUUGCGCUUUCCAGUGUGUUUGGCUUGUCGGCUCCCCUGCCCACGCGGCUCCGUCCCCGGCGCCCUCGUUGGUUGCGUCCCUUCCAGCCUCGUCGGCUUGUUGGCGUCCCGACGGAUCCGUCCCGGUGGUAUGGAUAUGUGUUCCUUCUAGAUCCUGGCCUACUUGCGGCGCCACCUUCCUAUGUCGGCCCCCACCACCUCCCCAACCCCGUCCACCUCCUUGCCGCGUCAACUCGUCAGAUCUCCUCAAUGUGGCGGCAGCUCCAGCCUACAUGUUGGUUUCCUCAUCUCUUGAUCGCAAACCGGAUGAUGUGGGGUUGCUCAAACUCGGCCAGGGUGAAAUCCCUGCACGGCUUGCCGAUGCUGGCAGCGGCGACACUCGCGGGUGCCGUUCCCUUCUUGGAGGCGCUGUCAUGGCCGCUUUCUGUGCCCCUUCGAGCAUUGGGGGAAACCCCAGGUCCGGCUCAUCGGACCGAACAACGGCGGCGCCAUAACAUCGUUUCCCUUCUCGAAGGCGUUGUCUUAUUUGCUCGGCAUCCCCGAUGCUGGAUCUCGAGUUACGGGAACAAUCAUUGUCUGUUCGGACUACAUCUCAUGGCAUCGGCACCCUAGGCGCUAUGUAUGGCCUCACCGGUGCUUCUCCCACGGUUUCCAUCUUCGGCCCGGCCGGGUCGUGCCGCCCACUAGCCGAUCUCUUGGCGUUCUAGGUGGGAGUACAUUGAUCCUGUCAAGUUUGGAGCUGCGACCGUUCGGAUGUGGUGCGUCGUGUUAGUCGUGACACGGCGUGGGUGUCCUGAGCCUUGUGUCUCCUUGCCUCUUGUGGCCGGAGGCCGGGCUAGGUGGGUUUAGCUGUGUUUGUCUUUUUUUUGGGCUGAGCAUCCCUCUUCCCUCUGCUUCGGGUAUCAUACUCGUGCCUUCUUGUGUUCGUAUAGUGUGUUGUACCAUCUCUUAUACUUUCUCUAUUCUCUUUUAACAAUGAAAAGAUACGUAAGCUUUGCGUAUUCGCGAAAAAAAGAUUGAACCUGGCAAUGUCAUCGUCGAUGUGGAGUUCCCAUGUUGAAGACAUUGUAUAGAGUUUGUGCGUCGAUUAUCGAUGACAGAGCUUGUGCGUCGUAUGUUGGAGGAUCUGUCCAGUUGGCAACUUAUCAUUGAUGUUUAUUACUGUUGUUUGUUGCGGUUGUUUUGCUGGUUACACCUUUUUUUCCUUUUUGUAAUAAUGUGGCAGUGUGCAUCCUCGAUGUCUUGAGUCGUGUUGAUGUAAAU